UAGACUGGGAGGGAGGGAGACUGAGAGGGAGGGAGGGAGAGAGGGAGGGAGAGAGGGAGGGAGGGAGGGAGAGAGAGUGAAGCACAGCUACUACGCAGCGAUGUUAGCAGGAACGAGGAGGGCUCGCAGGGACAAAUUCCGGCACUUGACGAAUUUUCCAAUCGGAUUGCGAGUGCUGCUGUUUGAUGAAGAUAGCCAUUUCGUUGAGGAAGUGAGGGGUAAGCUAGAGUCACACGGGUACGUCGUGCAUGCAUGCACGUGUCGCGAGGAGGCACUGAAAGCCAUUCGCAAAGGAGUGGAAGCAGGGGAAGCAAACGGAGAAGGCGAAGAUGAGGACGAGGAGGAGGAGGAGGAGGAGGAGGAGGGGGACAAGGAGCGUGCGGUGUUUCACGUGGCGUUGGUGGAAGCAAUCUCCUCUGGGGAAGGGAUAAACUGCUUCACUCUGCUCAACAACGCCAAGGACAUGCCGGUCAUCUUGAUGUCUGGGGUAGAUAAUCUUAAUCUGACAAUGCUGGGGAUCGCUGCAGGGGCAGCCGACGUGCUUCAAAAACCGUUGACGGACAAACAAAUUCGCAAUGUGUGGCAGCACGUGGUGAGGAAAGCCAUUGAAAUGGGCGACACCUCUGUCAUGCGGUUCAUCGCUCCCGCUUCCCCCGUCUCCGCCGCACCUGUUCCCUCCGCCACGACGGCUCCUCCCUCCGCCACCGCCACCGCCGCCACCGCCGCCGCUGCUGCCGCUGCUGCUGCUGCUGCCUCCUCCUCCCCCCUCCCUCCUUCCUCUUGUCGGCACUUGUCCUAUCAGCCGCACCGUCACGCGGACCAGGCGAGCUCCCCCUCCGACAGGGGCGAUGAAGACGAAGCGGAAAACGGCGACAACGGGGAGGCGCAGGACGACGCCGGCGGCGAUGGUCAGCGCAAGCCCCGUCGGACUUCCUCUGCUGACCGCAAGAAGAGGAAACGACCACCUCCUCCUCCUCUCUGCGAGCCUGGCUCUACCAUCAUGACCGACGACUCUUCGAGUAUCAAUGGGUCAUUGCCGUCGUUAGCAUACUGCGCCGGCAAUGUUCCGCCUGCCGGCGGCGGCGGGGGCGGCGGAAGAGGAGCAGCAGCGGCGGCAGGAGGAGCGAAUCAUGUGAUGGCGAACGGAGAGGCGCGAGAUGCGCUCAUCACAGAGGCGAGCGGGCUGCAUCUGAUAGCUCCGAAGGAGGAGCAAAUUGAUUAUGAUGAGGAGGACAGGAUCCUGACAGGGGAGAGUUUUGCGGAGCCAGUGUCGUUGGACCAUUUAUUCGGGAGCGUUGAUUCCAGAGAUAACUUCGAGAUGAACUCCGUUCUAGAGGGGUCCUCACCGCCGGACUCAGAUUCUUCGGUGGGGAUGUUCGCGCACCUGCACGUGGAGAGUGUCAACAGGGGAGGUGGUGUGUUCCUUGCAAAUGGAGGAAUGGAAAGAGAAGCAAUAGGAGGAGGAGGAGGCGGAGGAGAGGGAGAAGCAGAAGGAGGAAGAGGAGGAGGUGGGGGGAGAAAGAAGAAGGGAGGGGUACAGGAGGAGGAGAGCAUGCAAGCAGAGGAAAUGGGAGAAAGGCGAGGGGGUGAAGAUGACGAUUUUCAAAUGAUGGGAGUAGAAGUAGGAGAAUUUGUAGGGGGAGGAGGAGGCAUAGGCGGGGACUGUAAAAGGGUCAAUGUUGCCCCUUCUGCCGCCGGCAAUGACACCAUAGAUAUGCGGAAGAAUGCCAUCCGACGAGCAGGAGGAGGAGGAGGAGGAGGAGGAGGAGGAGGAGGAGAGAUCAUGGGGAGGGAAGAAGGUGUGGGCGAUCUGGACGACGACGCGAGGAUCAUGCUUGUUGUCUCCGAGAACGGCAACCUCGGGUCACCUCGAGUCAGUCAUAGUAUGGGGGGACAGAGGAGGGCGGUGGUCUUUUCCUCGCACGAGGCAUGGUCUGAGCUGUCGUGCGGGUCGUUGUGUGGAGGAGGAGGAGGAGGAGGAGGAGGAGGAGGAGGAGGAGAGGUGGUACGUGAUUCAAUGGGCACAAGAAGGGACGAGGUAGACGGUAUGCGGCUGGAAACAGACGGCGGAGGGCGGGAAGGAGGAGGAGGAGAGAGGGAGCACUCACCGGAGGCGGAAGGCGUUGAUCUUCUGCGAGGAAGAGGAGGAGGAGGAGGAGGAGGAGGAGGAGGAGGGGGGCGGCAUUCGACUGUGGUGAUGGGAGAUGAUCCGCAGAAAUCGGUAGAUAGCCGGCGAAGGGGCGUGGAGGCCAAGGGAGAGACAUGUGAGGACAGCAGUCGGGGGGAAACAACUCCAAAUGGAACAAAGCCUACAACUGCAUCCUCAGCAGGAGGAGGCGGAGGCGGAGGAGGAGGAGGAGGAGGAGGAGGAGGAGGAGGAGGAGGUAAGGGCAACCCGGCCAGCAGCAGUGGAAGGAGGAAGGUGAAAGUAGAUUGGACACCAGAUCUUCACAGAAGAUUCGUACAGGCAGUCGAUCAGCUUGGAGUGGAUAAGGCUAUUCCGUCGAGAAUCUUGGAGCUGAUGGGGGUGGAGUGUCUGACUCGACACAACAUAGCCUCCCAUUUGCAAAAGUACAGGUCUCAUCUCCGUCAUCUAGCGGCGAGGGAAGCGGAGGCUGCCAGCUGGCACCAUCGGCGGCCGCUGGAUCCCAAUGUGUGGGCUGCGCGGCCUCGAUGGGAUGGCACUUCAUGGGUAUAUUACACUUGAUCGUACUUUAGCCAAAAGGCGGCCAAGUACAGGGCCAAGGUCCCAUUAACAAAGAGCAUCGGAUUGA